CUCAGAAAGGGAAAGAGAGGGAAGGCCUUGGAGUAUCCUCGCAGAAAUCCGAAGCCGUCCUACCACAUUUAUCUCAUUUUUUGACGGCAGGAAGCCUCGUCUCCUUAUAAACCGUGCGAUGGAUGCUCUCCGCCUUCCUCUUCUCUCCUCAUUUUCCAGUUCCCACUCAAACCCUACUGAUCCUCCCGGCCAGUUUUCAGGGUGGUGAUGUUCGGAGACUGUGGGCUCGCUCUGCCUUGUUUCGGUCGUGACCGACGCCAGCGGGAUGGCUCUAACGAUGCCGACAGAGAGCCUGUGCUUCUUGUAUCAGGCAUUGGCGGCUCCAUCUUAAACUCGAAGCAGAAGAAGAACGGGUCUCUUCUCCGAAUUUGGGUGCGGAUUCUCUUCUCCAAUUACGAGUUCAAGACGCGCCUCUGGUCCAUAUACAACCCGGAGACAGGGUACACGGAAACGCUUAAUCCAGAUAUUGACAUUGUAGUCCCAGAUGAUGAUUAUGGGCUUUAUGCAAUUGACAUUCUUGAUCCCGCUUGGUGGGUAAAACUUCUGCACGUCACUGAUGUAUAUCAUUUCCAUGACAUGAUUGAUAUGCUUAUUGAUUGUGGCUACAAGAAAGGAACCACUCUAUUUGGAUAUGGUUAUGACUUUCGUCAAAGCAAUAGGAUUGACAAAGCAAUGAAUGGUUUGAAAAUGAAACUACAAACUGCCUAUAAAGCUUCUGGAGGGAAAAAGGUGAAUGUAAUUUCACAUUCAAUGGGUGGGCUACUUGUUCAGUGCUUCAUGUACCUUCAUAAAGAUGUUUUUGCAAAGUAUGUCAACAAAUGGAUCACUAUCGCCACUCCUUUUCAAGGUGCACCUGGUUGCAUCAAUGAUUCACUUCUUACUGGUUUGCAGUUUGUUUAUGGCUUCAAAAGUUUCUUCUUUGUUUCUAGAUGGACGAUGCAUCAAUUGCUUGUUGAAUGCCCUUCUAUUUAUGAGAUGCUGCCCAAUCCUGGAUUCAAAUGGAAAGAACAACCUUUGAUUCUGGUCUGGAGAAAAUAUACUGAGGGUGAUGAGUCAGUCAAGUUGGAGGUGUACAAUUCAGUGGAUUGCUUGGAUUUGUUUAGAGGAGCUUUAAGAGAUAAUGAGCUUACAUAUAAUGGAAAAUCGGUUGCUCUUCCUUUCAAUCUUUCAAUCCUUAAGUGGGCGGCUGGUACCAGGCAAAUGCUUGACAAUGCACAGCUACCAGACAGUGUUGACUUCUAUAAUAUAUAUGGAAUAUCUUAUGACACUCCACACAAUGUUUGCUAUGGAUCUGAAGCAUCUCCUAUUGAUGACCUGCCAGAAAUAUGCCAUACGAUGCCUGAAUACUCGUAUGUUGAUGGAGACGGAACAGUUCCUUCUGAGUCAGCAGAGGCUGAUGGAUUUAAUGCAAAAGCUAGAGUAGCUGUAAAAGGUGAACACCGGGCAUUGUUGAGAAGCGAAACUGUGCUGAAACUAAUCAAAAACUGGUUGGGUUUAACGCAGCAAUCCCAAACAUAUGUGAAAGCAAAAGUAGCCAAUGUGUCUCCUGAUCUCAUUCCAUCUGAGGAAGCUUACAAGAAUUCAACUAUAGGCCUUUGUGAAGAUCUUCUGUCAAAGCAGAUAUGAUUUAUUCGAAACUUCUUAGCUUCGCUGCUACCAUCACACGUCUCGUGUGCCUGAUGCAUCUUCUUCUAAGUUGCUGGGUAGAGUAAAAAUAAAAGAAUCUACAUAUCACAUCUAAAUGUUAUUUUUAUUUAUAUAAUAUUUUAAUGUCUAAAUCAUAUAAGAGUAUUUCACUUUGGCCAAUGUAGUGAUAUAUUUUAUAUGAUUUAGACAUUAGAGAGUUAUAUAAAUAAUUUAUCUAUAUGUUGCCUAUAUUGCAAUCAAUAGAGCCAUUGCAAUAGAAGAAAACAAAAGUAUUAUGAUGUCCUAAACUUGCUCUGUAACAUGUAGUCAUAUUUCACCCUGUGAUAUUUUAUGAUUAGUAAAGUUUUGUAAAUAUUUUAUGCUCAA